AUGAAACAGGCUCCUGGCGGCUCAGCAGCGAGUGCUUGCACCAGAACAUCUCCUGACAGUGCUUACGUCAAGAACGCUGGUUUCGAGAGUGGCGUUGCCAACUGGGCCUUUAAGGUUACGUCCGGAGAUGUUACGGCAGAAGUCAUCACUGACAACCAUCCAAUGGGCGGAUGUUCAGCUCUCAUGUUGACACCCCGUUCCUCUCCAUCUGACGGCGUUCGCCGGGCUGUCCUCCGCCAGACACUUGCUGGUGUCAAUAUCACUGAACCAAGAGCAUUUGCCGGCUUCUUUGGUCGACUAACUAAAGCCACGAUUGAUGAUGGCGGUCCUCAAAUUACCGUCAACUACGGAGGAGUGCGCAUUCACCAGUGGGAUGCUUGUGGAUCUUCUCAGAACAAGUGCAACCUCAACGCUCCUGGUACAUUGGGCUAUUACAAAAUAGUUACCAAGCUAUCGCUUAGUCUCGCCGCGGCGAAGAACACAGAUAUUGUGGUGGAAGUUGUUUGGAGUGAUACUAAUGGAAAGAACAACCCGGUCCUAUUGGACGACAUCAUCCUCCUGUGA